UGAGGCAACAGUGCUGACUACUGAGCCACCUUGCCACCCUCUUUAAAAACAUAUUGCCAGUUAAUGCUUACUUUAAUGUAUUACCAAUUUUUUACUGUUUAAGUUAAUAACUCUGUUAGCUGAACCCUAAUUUGGGACAAAUAUGGAUAAACCCAGCUUUAAAAAUGUAAUUUAGAAUAUUUAGCUUUUUUGCAUUUGUACAUAUUUGACCGCCAUUUGGGAAACAGACAAGCACAUUUUAUUUUUAAUGUAUUUAUAGCAUAUUUAGCAGAUAUUCUGUAAGCAUUAGUGAAAAUAAGAAAUCCAGGGUAAAACCAUACAAUCAAAGCUAACACCAAGACUACACACAGAUCAGGAUUAAAACUUAAAUCGUGAGAUCUUUAUUUACCACUAAACUCUAACAUUUAAAUUAGUGUUUAUUUAUUCUUGUUUUUUUUCUGCAGCUCUGGACUGUGCAUCCUUUAGCUGGGAAGCCACCAACACAUCAAUAGUUGCUGAUGUGUACGGAUGCACAUAUGUCACGGCUCAAAGCAGCACCGGGAGUGGUAAAAAUGCUUCUAUUGAGGGAGACAGGGUGAAUCUGCGAGACCUGUAUCCUGGAGAAAGCUACACUGUUUCACUGUUUUAUAACUUGGAGUCUGAGAUGCUCACACAGUGCUCACAACGCCUGACAUUAGUUCCAAACAGUGUCUCUCAUCUUUGCUGCAAAUAUCAUUCUGGAGGAUAUGGUCUGGCUGUCAUGUGGGAGUAUCCAGAUGGAGUUGUGGAUGUGGUGGAGGUGGAUGUUAACAAAAAAAGCUUCAACCAUUCGCAUGGUUCAGACGAACCAACUCAGCAGCUGGUAACAGGCCUGCAAGCUGCUCAGUGGUACAAAGUCACAGCAACAUCAUUUUCUGGAGCCAGGAGGAGUGAAACUAUAUCGAUCAACUGCCAAACUGAUCCGGCAGGUGUUAUAGCUGGUGUACUGGUGUUUUUCUUGUUGGUCAUCAUUAUUUGUGCUGGAGUCUUUGUAUGGAUCCGCUAUGGUUCAGCCAAGUUUCAUAAUAAAAGAUCACACCCACCUGUGGAGUCAAAAGUGUCUAUAACACACAACAAAACAAUUGCCUCAGAUAAAUUUCCUGAACAUUUUCAUAACAUGAGUUGUGAUGACAAGAGAAAUUUCAGCGUUGAAUAUAAGGAGUUGGGUUCAGUGGGUGUAAAACAGUCAAGUGUUACGGCUCGUCUCCCUGAAAACAAAGAUAAAAAUCGAAUCUCCUAUGUACUACCAUAUGACAGCUCCAGAGUGCAUCUAACCGUAAAUAAAGCGGGUGAUUCUGAUUACUUCAAUGCCAACUACAUCCCUGGAUAUGGAAAUGUAAGCAGACAGUAUAUAGCUGCACAAGGUCCACUGCCGUCCACUGUCAAUGACUUCUGGAGAAUGGUCUGGGAGCAAAAGUCAUCAGCUAUUGUCAUGGUAACCAACUGUACUGAGGAUGGAAUGGUUAAGUGUGAACAGUACUGGCCGCUGGACAACACACCGUGUCUCUACGGAAAUCUGCUUGUCGCUGUGAAAUCAGAGAAUAAAUCUGAAAGUUGGACUUUGCGGGAAUUUCAUGUGAAAAAUAAAAUGACCUCUGAUACGCGAAUAGUGCAUCACUUCCACUUCACUGCAUGGCCAGAUCAUGGUGUCCCUUGUGGCACUGAAGAUUUAAUCCAGUUCAGAGAACUUGUCCGACAGCACAUAGAGAGCCCCUUCUCUGCUGGACCAACAGUUGUACACUGCAGUGCUGGAGUGGGCCAGACAGGAACACUGAUCGCACUGGACGUCCUGCUGCAGCAGCUGAACAGAGAGAAGGCAGUGGGUGUUGCAGCGUUUGUUAAGGAAAUGAGACUCAGCCGGCCACUUAUGGUAGAAACUGAGUCUCAGUAUGUGUUCCUGCACCAGUGCAUCCUGGACUCUUUGCCUCCACAGUCAGAACCCAUUUAUGAAAACACUGACUCCAUCUAUGUCAAUGAAAUGGCUUUGAAAAGUAUUUAAAGGUGCAAUUCACACAUGAAAACAAUUCAUGUAACAUUAAAAAAUAAAACAUUUCGCAAAGCCAUAUACUAAUCAAAUCUUUUUUAAAUAAAAUAAAAAAAUCUGUCAAUAUAACGCAGAAAUAUCAAGUUCAGAUAAUCUUGAAGCCACAGUCCUAUAUUUUCAGCAUGUUUACUUAUAGGUAUGUUACACUUAUAUAUAAUAUUUCCAAAUUUGUUAUCCAGUGGUUCCUUUCCAAAAAUAAACAUUGAAAACAUGGACGAUGCAAACAUUACAUAUACUUUAAUGCUGAUUUUAUAAUCAAUGAAAGAAAUAGUAUGUUGACCCUGAACUAUUUCCACAUUUCCAGUCGUUAUAUGUGUACUAUAUUUUGAUAUAAUAUUUUAGCUUGUUAAAGUUUAUGGAUUAUUUCAUUGAGCUGCAUUUAAUGCUGCUUAUUUUCCACAGAGCAUUUUAACAAUGACGAUGUUUUGCCAAGAAUAAAAAAGAGACGUCUAUUUAAACUCU